GUGUGGGUGUGUCCAGACCAGGCAAGAUAUCAUAUAACGAAAGGGCUUUUAUAAGGCAGCUGUUUUUAUACACUCCAUAAAAAUUACCCACCACAGCUGUAGCACAAACUGAGCUACCGAACAAAAGGAAGGAAAAGCGAACCGCAGUGAAAAGCAGUGUCUGUCAUCAGUCAUGGAGGAUCUCUCUCGUGCUAACAGUCUCUUCGCUCUGGAUCUCUAUCGGGCUCUGAGUGCGAGCAACGCUGAGAAAAACAUGUUCUUUUCCCCGCUGAGUAUCAGCACAGCGCUCAGCAUGGUCUACUUGGGAGCCCGAGGAGACACUGCCACAGAAAUGGCAAAGGUUUUGUCAAUUAGUUCUAUUUCUGAUGUUCACUCUCAUUUUAAGACCCUCACCUCAACUAUCAACAGACCAUCAGCCACCUACAUCCUUAAACUGGCAAAUCGCCUCUAUGGAGAGAAAACCUUCAGCUUCUUACCAGAGUAUUUGAACUCCACUCUGAAGCUGUACCAUGCUGACCUGCAGACUGUAGACUUCAUUGGAGCAUCUGAAGAGUCACGAAAGCUCAUUAACAAAUGGGUGGAGGAGCAGACAGAGAAUAAAAUUAAAGAUCUUCUUAAGCGCGGUAUAGUAACUGACCUGACCCGACUAGUUCUGGUUAAUGCCAUCUACUUCAAAGGGACCUGGAUGCACAGAUUUGAAACAAGAGACACUGAAGAAAUGCCAUUUAAAAUAAACCAGAAUGAGCGCCGUCCUGUGCAAAUGAUGUACCAGAAAGAAAUGUUUCCCUUCAGAUACAUCCCAGAGCAUGAACUACAGGUGCUGGAGUUACCAUAUAAACAGGAGGAGCUCAGCAUGUUGAUCCUUCUUCCAAAUGAAACUCAGGAUGGCUCUGACCCUCUUCUGAAGCUGGAGAGCGAGCUGACCCUUGACAAGCUGCUUGACUGGACUGAAAGAGAAAAAAUGGGCACGUCAAUGGAUAUCAGUGUCCAUUUGCCAAAGUUCAAGCUGGAGGUUGACAGCUCCCUAUCAGAAAUACUGCAAGAGAUGGGUAUGAGCUCUGUGUUCCAAGAAACAAAGGCUGAUCUGACAGGCAUGAGCACCCAGCGCAGGCUCCUCAUUUCAGCAGUGGCCCAUAAGGCUUUUAUUGAGGUCAAUGAAGAAGGCACUGAGGCAGCAGCAGCCACUGCAGUCAUGGUGGAGUUGGACUGUGCUUUCCCGUGUCAAAGUUUCAUAGCAGAUCACCCCUUCAUGUUCUUCAUCAGACACAACCCCACUAACAGCAUCCUCUUCCUUGGCAGAUUCAGAGCCUACUGCAUCCUGUCAAAGCACAGUGACAGCAAAAAAAAGUUCCUGUUGACAAGCAACUUUGUUAACGGUGCUGUGCAACCAAACGACCACAGCUGCCACAGUUUUGUACUGCGCAUUCAGGCAUUCUCGAUCGAGUUGUCAUCAGUCAUGGAGGAUCUCUCUCGUGCUAACAGUCUCUUCGCUCUGGAUCUCUAUCAGGCUCUGAGCGCAAACAACGCUGAGAAAAACAUGUUCUUUUCUCCACUAAGCAUUAGCGCAGCGCUCAGCAUGGUUUACUUGGGGGCCCGAGGAGAAACUGCCAACGAAAUUGCAAAGGUUUUAUCCUUCAGUUCUGUCUGUGAUGUUCACUCUCAUUUUGAGACCCUCACCUCAACUAUCAACAGUCCAUCAGCCUCCUACAUCCUCAAACUGGCCAACCGCCUCUAUGGAGAAAAAACCUUCAGCUUCUUAUCUGAGUAUUUGGACUCCUCUCUGAAGCUGUACCACGCUGAACUUCAGGCUGUGGACUUCACUGGAGCAUCUGAAGAGUCACGGCAGCUCAUUAACAAAUGGGUGGAAGAGCAGACAGAGAAUAAAAUUAAAGAUCUUCUUAAGCCUGGUGUGAUAGAUGGGUUGACCCGACUAGUUCUGGUUAAUGCCAUCUACUUUAAAGGGAACUGGAAGCAUAUGUUUGAAGAAAAAGGCACUAAAGAAAUGGCAUUUAAAAUAAACCAGAAUGAGACCCGGCCUGUGCAAAUGAUGUACCAGGAAGAGUCAUUCCCCUUCAGGUCCAUCCCGGAGGAUAAUCUGAAGGUGCUGGAGUUACCAUAUAAAAAUGAACAGCUUAGCAUGUUGAUCCUUCUUCCAAAUGAAUCUCAAGAUGGCUCAGACCCUCUUCUGAAGCUGGAGAGCGCACUGACCCUUGACAAGCUGCUUGACUGGACCAGAAAAGAACAAAUGGCCACAUGGAUGGAUAUCAGAGUCCAUUUGCCAAAGUUCAAGUUGGAGGUUGACAGCUCCCUAUCAGCAAUACUGCAAAAGAUGGGGAUGAGCUCUUUGUUCCAGGAAGCAAAGGCUGAUCUGACAGGCAUGAGCAGUAAAGGUGGUCUCUUCCUUUCAGAGGUGGUACACAAGGCUUUUGUUGAGGUGAAUGAGGAAGGCACUGAGGCAGCAGCAGCCACUGCAGGCUUUACAUUUUUAAGUGCCCGCAUAUCAGAAAGUUUCACAGCAGAUCACCCCUUCAUGUUCUUCAUCAGGCACAACCCCACUAACAGCAUCCUCUUCCUUGGCAAAUUCAGAGGCCCAUCCUAAAAUGUUUUUUUUUCCUGGUUUUAAUGAAGAAGAAAUUAUGUUUUUGUUUUAAUAUUUUAGCAAACAAAAAUAAUUUGCACCAUUUCUAUUUGUUUUUGUGUUCACAAAUGAAAUCAUUUCAGAUCAUUUCUAGUAUUGUCUUUUUAGAGUCAUACAUUUUGGUUUUGAGCAUGACUCUUUCAAUUGUAUGUUCGUCUCAAAUAGUUUUAGGGAAAACUGGCAAAAUAAAGGCUGGGUGUUGUCUUUUACAA